CUCGUCGCCCUCGACGCUUUCCCUGUCCUCUUUCUCACUCUCACCUCUCUCUCGCCCCUCUCUCUCCAUCCGCUUGCCACCUUCGUCGCCCGACCCCUCCAUCCCUGUGUGUGCUGCCCCUACGCCUAGGUAACCUCAUCGGCGCCACUGCUGUCCUCGCCGACCCGCUGCCUCUCGCCUCAAAGCGGCAACCAGAGACGACACCGUCCUUUUCGCCCGUCGUCCACACCCUGGUGCAAAAUCUCUGCCCUCGCUCACACGCCGACCUAGCCCCUCCGAGUCCAGUAAAAUCUGCUUCCCUCUGGCACCGUCCACGCGCGCCUAGACGAGAAUCCCCACCCCCCAUCGGUUCGCGACUACCCCACGGCCUUUCAGCCUGCUCUUGCCAGCUACCACGCUCCAGUCAAGACCAAAACAACCCACUCCCCUCCACGCCUCCACCCUGCGCCUGUCGCAACCCGCACACACCACAAUUCACCAUGGCGGAAUUCGUACGCGCCCAGAUUUUCGGCACCACUUUUGAGAUUACGAGCAGGUACACUGACCUGCAGCCUGUGGGAAUGGGCGCAUUCGGUCUCGUUUGUUCAGCAAAGGACCAGCUCACGAACCAGGCAGUGGCUGUCAAGAAGAUUAUGAAGCCCUUCAGCACCCCGGUUCUGUCGAAGCGAACAUACCGAGAGCUCAAGCUCCUGAAGCACCUUAGGCAUGAGAAUAUCAUCAGCCUGAGCGACAUCUUCAUCUCUCCGCUCGAGGACAUUUACUUCGUCACCGAGCUGCUGGGAACCGAUCUCCACCGUCUGCUGACCUCGAGGCCGCUCGAGAAGCAGUUUAUCCAAUACUUUCUCUACCAGAUUUUGCGUGGGCUGAAAUACGUCCACUCGGCUGGUGUGGUGCACCGCGAUCUCAAGCCCAGCAACAUCCUCGUCAACGAGAACUGCGAUCUCAAGAUCUGCGACUUCGGUCUCGCACGUAUACAAGACCCCCAGAUGACGGGCUACGUCUCUACGCGAUACUACCGAGCACCCGAAAUCAUGCUCACGUGGCAAAAGUACGACGUCGAGGUGGACAUCUGGAGCGCGGGGUGCAUCUUUGCCGAGAUGCUCGAGGGCAAGCCUCUUUUCCCUGGAAAGGACCAUGUCAACCAAUUCUCCAUCAUUACGGAGCUUUUGGGCACUCCUCCAGAUGAUGUCAUUCAGACAAUUUGCAGUGAAAAUACACUGCGAUUCGUCCAAUCUCUUCCCAAGCGCGAGAGGCAACCGCUGGCCAACAAGUUCAAGAAUGCCGAGCCCGAGGCCGUCGAUCUGCUAGAAAACAUGCUGGUCUUUGACCCGAGGAAGCGCGUACGAGCAGAGCAGGCUCUUGCUCACCCAUACCUCGCCCCAUACCACGACCCCACCGACGAGCCCAUUGCCGAGGAGAAGUUCGACUGGUCGUUCAACGACGCAGACUUGCCCGUCGACACGUGGAAGAUCAUGAUGUACUCUGAAAUCCUAGACUACCACAAUGUCGAUGCAGCCGCACAGGAUGCUCCAGAGAGCAACGGCAGCUAGCCCUGGCAACGUUCGCUGAGAAUUGAGCCAUAAUACUUUCCCUUCCCAGAGGCCCCGAGUCAUGUAGUUUAUCAGAGUUCGAUGCAACAUGUGCGUGGAGCAGGCGGAUUUGGCUUUUCCCAAAUGAUUCCCAAGGUUUCGCCCAGUGGACCUAUGUGACACGACGAUGCACGCGUAGAUGGACAUGGGUAUGUUUUUUGUCAUUUGGAUUAUCAUGCUGGUACACGAAAGGUUUGUUCACGACAAGAUUGGGGGGUACGGCCCAGCCUAGGUAGGAAUACGACAUCAUGUUGUCGCCAGCGAUGGCCUUUUUUUUUCUUAUUUGUGUGAUGCGUUUGGUUGUAUUUGCCAAUAUUUAUUUAGAUAGAAAUGAAGCAAGG